AUGGUCUACACAAUUGUUGUCCACAUGCGAGCCAAGGCGGACCAGGAGUCCAUCUCGAAGCUUCACGCGAAGCUCCUCGAAGCCUCGGCUGUUUACUCUCAGGACAAGGAGACACUCUCUUGGUUCGUGAUGCAGUCCGUCCACGACCCGCAGGACUUCACCAUCGUCGAGCGCUACGAGCAGGAGUCCUCGCAGCAGUACCACCUCAACAAUCCGUACUGGAAGACCUUUGAUCCGUAUGUGAUCCCUCUUUUGGAGAAGGACAUGGACCUGAGACGCUUCGAGGAGCUGGUCCCUGCCUCUUCUUAA